CGUGUCCUGUUUCUUAACACCAUAAGCGAAAGUUAGUCGAUAAAAUCAUCGGUAUAGUGGAGAAGUGGUUUUUGCGAGUGUAAUCAGUGUUCUUAUGUACUUUAUCGUUUGAAAGUGAAUUAAAAAUGUCAAUUGAUGAAAUUUCGCAACCGUCCAACAAUGAUGAAGGUGCCAGCCAACUAGAGUCGACCGUUUCAACGAAGUUUCCGUUCAUGCCUUCAAGUAAUCGCAUGAGCAACGAUUCAACGAUUCUACAAUACAAAUUCUUCCAAAUGGGUCAGCCCCAAACGUACGAUAGGAUUGAAAACAACUCUUACAUUCAAAGUAAUGAUGGUCAAAUCGGUAACGAUAGCUCAUAUAACUACUUUGAUUGUAUUGCAACGGAUGGCAAUGUGUCGUAUUUAAAUGUUUCCUGCGAGACUAUCCUUAGCUACAGCAUCCCCCUUUAUGGAUACUGCACUCCGGCCUUGUUACUUAUAACGUUAACGGCCAAUUCGUUGAUAGUGGUAGUUUUGAGCAAACGGAGCAUGGCCUCACCAACCAAUUUUGUGUUGAUGGCCAUGGCGCUGUGUGAUUUGUUUACAGUACUCUUUCCGGCCCCUGGACUUUUAUACAUGUACACAUUUGGAAACCAUUAUAAACCGUUAUCUCCUCCAUUAGCCUGUUAUAUAUGGAACGCCCUAAAUGAAAUUCUUCCAGCAUUGUGCCAUACCGCUUCAGUGUGGUUAACUUUAGCCUUAGCCGUCCAAAGAUACGUCUACGUCUGCCAUGCUCCAACGGCUCGAACCUGGUGCACUAUCCCUAGAGUUAAAAAAGCGAUUGCAUACAUCUGCACAGCUGCCUUCUUUCACCAAAGUACGAGGUUUUUUGACAAAUCGUAUUCACUCGUAACGAUUGAGUGGAACGGAGAAGAAACCAACGUUUGCCACAUAGAAACAGCCGAGUGGGUGCAUGAAUACAUUAGUGAAGACUUCUAUUAUACAUUUUAUUUUUCUUUCCGGAUAUUAUUCGUCCAUCUGGCACCUUGUGCAAGUCUAGUAGGGCUGAAUGUGCUACUUUUUAGAGCUAUGAAACAGGCUCAGAGGACACGCGACCGUCUCUUUAAGGAUAACAAAAAAAGGGAGUGCAAAAGAUUGCGUGACUCAAAUUGUACCACACUGAUGCUUAUAGUGGUAGUAACUGUAUUUCUGAUCGUAGAAAUACCUCUUGGAGUUAUCACGGCGUUGCACAUCUUGUCUUCGCUGAUCUACGAGUUUCUGGAUUACUAUAUUGCAAAUCUCUUCAUUUUAUUUGCGAAUUUCUUCCUGAUAGUGAGUUAUCCAAUUAAUUUUGCCAUUUACUGCGGAAUGUCCCGACAGUUUCGGGAGGCAUUUAAGGAAAUAUUCAUUAAAUCUAGCAAACAAGCAGGAUCAAAGAAAGAGUGUGGUUCUUCCAAGUAUUCAUUUGUCAAUCAAAGAACGUUUACAAACGAGACAGUGCUAUAACAGAAAAGGUUACCAGUAUCUGUCAUGUAAAAAAUAAUAAAAAAUGCUUAUUCGAAUAUUACAUGUUGCCCAUUACCAGUAACCCAUCAUUCUGGUAGAAGUAUGUCAUCUC